AUGAGUUACGGUCGUUCUCCCCCGCGUAUUGAUGGGAUGGUUUCUCUUAAAGUGGAUAAUUUGGCUUAUAGAACUACUGUUGAAGAUCUUCGCAGAAUUUUUUCUCGCUACGGCGAAGUUGGCGAUGUGUAUAUUCCGCGAAAUCCCUAUUCGAUGGAUAGCCGGGGUUUUGCCUUUGUGAGAUAUUAUAGUGAUCGUGAUGCUGAAGACGCUAUUCGUGGGAUGGAUGGUCGUAAAAUUGAUGGAAGAGAAAUUCGUGUGCAGCGCGCUAUGUAUGGUAGACCAAAUUCUCGUAGACGUGGGCGGUACGUGUUCAUUUACCACAUUUUCUUCCUAUUUUUCCUGUUCCACCCAAAUAUUCAGUAUCUUCUGGGAACUCUACUUCCAGUUGUGGCACUUCCUAGUGUGGGUUAUAUUAUCCUACAGGAUGUAUUUGUGGAUCGAAAACUUAUUAGUGGCUUUUCUUUACCGGAGACACGUAAAUCACUUUGUUCCACUUGUCUGGAAAUUCGUGGGUCUUUUAUUCAGGGAUGUUUGUGUUUAGUUCUAUUUUAUGUGAUUCGUCUUGAACAAGACUUUGUAUGCGUUUCUACUUUAGGAUGUGUGCAUCCUGGUUUCCUGCAGAGUAACUUGAGUUGGGAAUGUGGUAUUUAA